CAUGAAGAAAGGAGCAAGCAAGAAGAAAAAAGAAGAACCGAUCCGGCAGUCAUGUCUUCAUCUAGCUCCAAUUCCGCUUCACCUUCGGAUGAGAGCCACCAGAUCUCGCACUACACAUCGAACACACGGUUCAGCCAGCCGCCGCGAUAUGGGCAGCCCGUCCACACUGCGACGCGGAGGCAUUCCAUGGAGCCAAUGCAGUUGGCAGUAUCGCAAGCAGAAGCUCAUGCUGCUGACCAGGUUCUGGCCGAGGCAAAAGCGCGCUUCGCAGCUCACACCGCAGCUAUGGCGUUAGCGCGCGUUGCGGCGAAGAUCGUGACGCCAGCUGAAAGCACGGCUCCGCCUUCAACGCCAACAACAGAGCCAACAGCGCCAAGAGCACCGGACGAGGCUGUGGCUGAGCCGCUGCGGCCACCUGCUGGCGCGCGACCAUCUUUCUCGUGGGCCGCAGCACCGCCGAACGCCGAUGCGAUUUCACCACCAGCCCAGUCAGUGCUACAAUCUCAGCAAGAGUCUCCCAAUUCAGAAGACAUCGACGCCGGUAGUCAAAGUGAUACAAUCCUGACUUCGAGCGCUGAAGACCAGCACUGCAACAGCUGCAGGUGCGUGCGCAUGACUCUACUUUCCUUGGGAUUCAUCUUUCUUGUCUUUCCACUGGCCAUGUUCUUGGCGCCUUACUGGACCAACAGGAAUGCAAGAACCACCAAGAAAGUGGAGGAAGUCACGAAAAUAAUGAUACCAUCUACGACGAGGUCGACGACGUCCACGCUGCCUCCGUCGUUCGGCGAGCUGUACUCUCACGAUCUCGACGUUCCCGAUGCCACGGCGCCACAGCAGCGCCUCUGUUCUCUGCCUAUUCGGAUGAGGGAGGUGUUCAGCGGCAUCAUUCCAACCUCGCAACCAUUCGUCUACGACGAUUCCAAGUUGCAGCACCGACGGAUUUUCUGCUUCUUUGACUCUCAGUAUUGGCGCGCGAGCGAGUUCUACCAUGCCGAAAAUCUGCCCCUCUCCUACUGCACGGACGUGGUGUUCGGUACACGAGCGCUCUACAACAACAACACGCCGGAGGCCAAAGCCAGCGAGAGUAGUUACAUACUACAGCGAAAGCUUAUCAGCGACUUGCAGUUACAAGGAAAACUGCGUCACAGGGGCAAGGCCGUGUUGGUGUAUGAGGCAAUCGGUGGUGACCGCAGAGACAGCCACAACUUCUCGUACUUCCUGAGCAAGGGUACCUCCCGCUUCCUGAUCGCCGACUUCUACACAGCAGGAAUUAAGGGCACCCUACAGGGCGUGUACGUGGACUGGGACUACCCGGGCGACGCUUGCGGGAGCCCAAAUGACAACGAUAAUUUGAUUGCCUUCAUGGCCGACCUGCGUUCUCUGAACUUUUCCGUAAUUCUUGCCGUGCCACCGAAGCUAGCGCUGAUGUCGGUGUAUAACCUGCCUCGUGCGAUGUCGGUGGUCAAGUACGUAGUCGUGAAGACGCACACGUUGCGCCUCAGCAGUGCCGUCUACUGCAGCGGGGCCCGCCAGUAUGCAGCCCGUAUCUUCAACGACGUCCGCAAUUCGUUGCCGCCGCAGCUGCGCCACAAGCUUGCCUACUCUAUAUCGGUCGCUCCUGACACGUUUACGGCCCGGGAUGCAGUCAUGGGUGCUGUGAGCCUGGGUCCAUCGAUGUGGGAGAAUUACACCAAGAAACCCGACAAGACGCACUACGCUGCCAUUUGCCACAUGAACGUCACGCGGUUUCCUGAACACCCGGAGUGUGCCCUAGUGUCCCAAGGGAGCGACACGUACUUCAAGGUGGCCGCUUUCGCAGGACCCGAGGAGUUGCAGACCCGCAUGCGAAGAGCUUACGACGACGGCAUGGGCGACGUGCCUGUUGUGGUCUACGACGUUGAUUUGGACGACUUCAAGGGUUACUGCCCUGCCGGCGUCAUGUCGCCUCUCAUACGUGCCCUCGCUAUCACAACGUACAACACAUAAAGGUGUGCAGCGCUGUCAUCCUUCAGGGACCACUGCUGGCCAACUUGGGCUCAACGGCGGUAUUUCUUGGCGCUGAUAGAAGCUGAAUGCUCCUUUGGCCUUUCUGUGUUUACAUCUAUUGCAUUUGUAUAUCUUUCGUCACUGACUUGUCACCACCGUUCCAAAGGUUCAUGACUGAUACCCGUAACAGGGGCAAACAUUGCGUGCCGCUUCCGAUAAUGGCGAAUAUGGCUAACACAGGAGAAACAACUUCUCGUUUAUUAAACAAUGUGUAUAUUUUCAA